AUGGCAGUAGCAAAAUGUGCUUACGUAGCCAACUUAUUUUUUCUUAGCUUGGGAUUUUGUGGUGCUUAUAGAUUCCCCCCUCCCAAGCCUGAUCAAGAAGCUGAUCAUAAACAAGAAGGCCAUGGCAUCCAAGGAGGAAUGUGGUCAUGGGGUAAAGGCGGCGGCGAUGGUGGCGCCGUUGGAGGAGUUGGCAGCGCUAGUGUCAAUUCAGGUCCUGGAUUUGGCGUUGCUGGUGGGAAUAUUGCUGGUUCCGUCGCUCAUGAUCCUGGUACUGCUCAGGGUUCUGGGGUUGAUGUUGGAGGUAUGGCCGGUGGUUCUGGUGACGGGUCAAAUACUAGUUCGGGAAGUGGCUCUGGUAGUUCUGGCUAUGUUUCUGAUAGCGGUUCUGGCACUGGGUCUGACAGUGUCAAAUGGGGCUCUGGGGAAGGCCAUGGUGGAGGUUCAGGAAGUGGUUACGACUGGGGCUCGGGUAGCGGUUCUGGUUUUGGAUCAGGUUCUGGUUCAGGUAAAGGUUCCGGUUGUGGUGGAGGUGGUUUCGGUUCUGGUGGCGGCUCCGGCUCCGGUUCCGGUUCUGGCCAAGGGAGUGGAGGCGGUUCUGGCACUGGGAACGGCUGCGGUGGAGGAGGUUCUGGAGGUGGUUCCGGCUACGGCUGGGGCAGUGGUUCUGGUUCUGGUGGCGGUUCCGGUUCCGGUUCCGGCCAAGGGACCGGAGGCGGUUCGGGCAAUGGGAACGGCUGUGGUGGACGAGGUCCUGGAGGUGGUUCCGGUUAUGGCUGGGGCAGUGGUUCUGGUUCUGGUGGAGGCUCCGGCUCCGGCUCGGGCUCCGGCCAAGGAAGUGGAGAUGUUUAUGGCGGUGGCCCAGUCGGUUGGAUCCCAAAGUUCGGAAUCCCUGGUUUUACCGGUGCUGGUAGUGGCGGUGUUAGUGGUAGUAUUGUAGUGAAUGGGGUGGUCUCCAGUGCACACCGGUGA